UGCACCCAGUGCGGCAAGGGCUUCACCCGCUCCAGCACCCUGCUGCAACACCAGCGCACCCACACUGGCGAGCGGCCAUACACCUGCAUCCAGUGCGGCAAGGGCUUCACCUGCCCCAGCAACCUGCUGUCCCACCAGCGCACCCAUACUGGCGAGCGUCCCUACACCUGCAUCCAGUGCGGCAAGGACUUCACCCGCGCCAGCAACCUACUGGUGCACCAGCACACCCACACCAGCGAGCGCCCCUACACCUGCGCCCAGUGCGGCAAGGGUUUCACCCACCCCAGCAGCCUGCUGGUGCACCAGCGCAACCACACCGGCGAGCGCCCCUACACCUGCGUCCAGUGCGGCAAGGGCUUCACCCGCUCCAGCACCCUGCUGCAACACCAGCGCACCCACACUGGCGAGCGGCCAUACACCUGCAUCCAGUGCGGCAAGUGCUUCACCUGCCCCAGCAACCUGCUGUCCCACCAGCGCACCCAUACUGGCGAGCGUCCCUACACCUGCAUCCAGUGCGGCAAGGACUUCACCCGCGCCAGCAACCUACUGGUGCACCAGCACACCCACACCAGCGAGCCGCUUUGCCAUGGCCUCCCAUGUCCCGUCUAA